AUGUCUACCGAAGAGGAUCUUAUUGAUUAUUCCGACGAAGAACUUGAGACAACCAAGGCCCCAGCCGCAACGAACGGCGCCGCGAAGAAGGGCGAUCUUACUGUGACUGGCGCAAAAGGUGAUGCAAAGGCCAAAGGCAGCUAUGUCGGCAUUCACGCUACUGGUUUCCGCGACUUCCUGCUGAAGGGCGAACUUCUACGAGCCAUUACAGACUGCGGUUUCGAACAUCCAUCGGAGGUCCAGCAAACCUGCAUUCCGCAAGCCCUACUCAACACCGACAUCCUUUGCCAGGCAAAGUCUGGUUUGGGUAAGACCGCCGUCUUCGUCCUUACUACCCUCCACGCCUUGGAGCCAGUACCUGGAGAAUGCUCGAUCCUCGUAAUGUGCCACACUCGAGAGUUGGCAUAUCAGAUUAAGAACGAGUAUGCUCGAUUUAGCAAAUACCUUCCUGAGGUGAAGACUGCUGUCUUUUAUGGUGGUACUCCAAUGGCAAAGGACCUCGAACUGUUGAAAAACAAAGAGCAAUACCCCAAUAUCAUUGUUGGAACUCCAGGUCGUCUCAAUGCUCUUGUCAGAGACAAAGCUCUGUCUCUGAGAAACAUCAAGCACUUCGUUCUCGAUGAGUGCGACAAGAUGUUGGAUCAAAUCGACAUGCGCCGCGAUGUUCAAGAAAUCUUCCGAGCCACGCCUACCGAGAAACAAGUCAUGAUGUUCAGCGCGACUCUAUCCCAAGAGAUUCGACCAAUUUGCAAGAAGUUCAUGAGAAACCCUAUGGAAGUAUACGUCGACGACGAAACGAAGCUCACCCUGCACGGUUUGCAACAAUACUUCAUUAAGCUUGGUGAGGGUGAGAAGAAUCGAAAGCUCAACGAAUUACUUGAUACUUUGGAGUUCAACCAAGUCAUCAUCUUCGUCAAGAGCACUCUCCGAGCCACCGAGCUCGACAAGCUACUACGAGAUUGCAACUUCCCUUCGAUUGCGGUCCACUCUGGAGUAACACAGGAAGAGCGUAUCAAACGCUACAAAGAGUUCAAAGAGUUCAACAAGCGUAUCUGCGUCGCGACUGACGUCUUCGGUCGAGGUAUUGAUAUUGAACGCAUCAACCUCGCCAUUAACUACGAUCUCCCUGCUGAUGCCGACUCCUAUCUUCACCGAGUCGGUCGAGCUGGUCGCUUUGGUACCAAGGGGUUGAGUAUUAGCUUCGUCAGUGGUGAGCAAGAUGAGAAUGUCCUAGCCGAAAUUGAGAAGAGAUUCGAUGCGAAGGUUCCGCAAUAUCCUGAAGGAGGUGUAGACAGCAGUACCUACAUGCAGGCUUAG